GUGCCUUUAGUCAACAGGGAAGAGUUUGAAUACUUCUGCACCUGGAUCCCACUCCCAGAUGUUCUAGCAGUUCCUUCUGUCCAGGGGGGUGCAUGAUACCUUGAUUUUCAUAAUUUUGCUGGUGACCCUGCCUGUGCCCUUGCAGGUCUAAGCCACUGUUAGGAGUCAAGCGCACUUGGAACUUCCCUCUGUGGCAAAGCUCAUUCCUGCCAGAGUUGGAUCUCUCUUUCUUUCUGGAGGGAUUUUGUAUUGGAAGACAUGGAUCUCGCCGCCAGUGAGCUCAGCAUUUAUGACAAACUUUCAGAGACUGUUGAUUUGGUGAGACAAACAGGCCAUCAGUGUGGCAUGUCAGAGAAGGCAAUUGAAAAAUUUAUCCGACAGCUCCUGGAAAAGAAUGAACCUCAGAGAGGGCCACCCCAGUAUCCUCUCCUGAUAGCUAUGUAUAAGGUCCUUGUAACCCUGGGAUUAAUCUUGCUCACUGCCUACUUUGUGAUUCAACCUUUCAGCCCAUUACCACCUGAACCAGUGCUUUCUGGAGCUCACACCUGGCGCUCACUCAUCCAUCAUAUCCGGCUGAUGUCCUUGCCCAUUACCAGAAAGUAUAUGCCAGAAAACAAGGGAAUUCCUCUGCAUGGGGGUGAUGAAGACAGACCCUUUCCAGACUUAGACCCUUGGUGGACAAACAGCUGUGAGCAGAAUGAGUCGGACCCCAUCCCUGCCAACUGCACUGGCUGUGCCCAGAAAUUACCCCUCAAGGUAAUGCUCCUGGAAGAUACCCCGAAGAAAUUUGAGAGACUCCAUCCUCUGGUGAUCAAGACCGGACAGCUCUUGUUGUCCAAGGAGCUUCAGCAUUUUCUGUGCCAGUACCCUGAGGUCACUGAAGGCUUCAGCGAAGGGUUUUUCACCAAGUGGUGGCGCUGCUUUCCCGACCGAUGGUUCCCAUUUCCUUAUCCAUGGAGAAGACCUCUAAACAGAGCACGCAUUUUACGUGAGCUUUUUCCUGUUUUCACCUACCUGCCAUUUCCAAAAGAUGCCUCCUUAAAAAAGUGCUUCCUUCUUCAACCAGAACCUAUCAUGGGUAGUAAGAUGUAUAGAAUGCAUGACCUGUUCAUCGUUGGCAGUGGUGAGGCCAUGUUGCAGUUCAUUCCUCCCGCCCAGUGCCGAAGACACUGCCAGUCGGUAGCGAUGCCCCUAGAGCCGGGGGAUAUUGGCUAUGCCGGUGCCACCCACUGGAAGGUCUACGUGAUAGCCAGAGGGGUCCAGCCUUUGGUCAUCUGUGAUGGAACCACCCUCUCAGAACUGUAGGAAACAAGAGCUGUACAGAGGAACAACUUCAAGAACUGAAGAUCAGAUUGAAAGGGGAGAAAUAAAAACGAUGAAACCAUUUUCCAAGGUCACUUAGUUACCUGCCCUGUGCAUGCGUGUAUGAGCCAGCCAUAU